AUGCAUCAACAUACCCCGAAUGGCAGCAUGGUGUCUGAAUACAGGCUGUGGUCUUCCAAUGUGGUAGGCUCAGAUUCAUCGGACCGCGAACUCUUUGCCGAGAACUACAGGGCCUUAGGCCCACGGCCAAGCAUGAUUGAUGAGUUUGUGCAUUCAGUUGUCAAGACUUCCGCGAUGUUAUGGAUUCGGUUCAGGUCCUAUGCCGCCCGUCUCCGGUCCACGAAAGACUGUUCUCCAGGCCCGGUCUCCAUUAUUCUUAGCUAUACUACUCUUCACGUUCUCUCCCACCUCCUCGUUGUUGUCAUGGCCGGGGUGUUCUUCGUCUUGCCGCUCACCAUGAUGUACUUGGUAACGAUGAAGAAGGCGGAGAUUGUCCUCGUUACGAUCACCUUCAGCCUUUUGUUCUGUGUCGGGUCAUUUUACUUUGGUGGUGGCAGGGGCGGACUCAAAACUGACACCAAGUUCCUGUUGUUGUUUGCGUACACAAGUGUGAUGGCAACCUUGCUUUCCAACUUUGCGCCGCAUCAGGAGCAGCAGCAUAGUCAGCAGUGUUCAUGUCCCGAAUCGAGCUGA